AUGACUACAUCAAAUAAAUUUAUAAAACAUUUUCGAGAUUUACAAGCCGGUGAAAGUGAAAAAGCUGGAGCUGCAGAAACACUUGCUUAUCUUAAUGGCGAAUUAUCAUUUCAAGAAUAUGAAAAACGUGUACGUGAAGCGAAUACUGAUUAUUCAAAUGUAUCUGUUGGCAAAGUUCUUGAUACACGUGAAACUGAAAUAGUUGAUAUUGAUAAAUUAAUUAAUGAAUUAAGUGAUAUUGAUGAUUUAAGUGGAUUAAGUAGUAGUAAUAGUAGUAGUAGUGAUAAUUCUGAUGAAUCUCAACAUGAUAAUGAAUCAUUAAAAAGAAAAAAAAAUGAAAAUGAAUCGAAUAUAAAACGUCGUCGACGAAAAAAACGACGAGAUUCAGAUGAAGAUUCUGAUGAUGAUGAUGAUGAAUACGAAGAAAAACCUCUUGAUCAAAAUGAAAUACGAAAUAAAAUGGUACAACAUCUUGAACAAAUGCGUUUAGCUAAACAAAAAAAGAAAAAACAAUCAAAUAAAUCAAAAUAUUCAAAAAUUCGUAAACGUCCUUUAUUAUCAUCUGAAAAAGUACCAAAAAGUCGUCUCAAUCAAGAAUAUCAAGCAUUAAUGGGUGAAGCUAAUAUGGCUUAUGUUCAUGGUGAUAUUCAAAAAGCAUUAACAAUAUGUCAAGAAGUGGUUACAAAUGUUCCAAAUGCUGCUGAACCUUAUUUAACAAUUGCACGUAUAUAUGAAGAUCAAAAUGAUCAUAAUAAAGCAUUUGAAAUGAAUUUUGUUGCUGCUCAUUGUCAACGUUCAAAAGAUUUAUGGCUUCGAAUGCUUGCUGAAUGUCAACAACGUAAAGCUGAUGAUUUAGUAACGACUUGUUAUAAUAAUAAAUUUUAUCGAACAGAUUAUUAUGGUAUGUUUCUUGUUGCAAUUAUUGAUGUGGGUUGUGUAUCAGUAGCAUUGCGUCUUUUACCUAAUUAUAAGUCAAUUGUACGUUCAACAGAUCAAUUAUUAUGUCUUGAUGUAAUGUCUGCUCUUGCAUUAAAUGAUCAUCUUAUUGAAGCAUGUCAACUAUUUGAACAUCUAUCAUCAUUAUCAAAAUUAUCAGCUCAAUCAUGGUUUCAAUAUUCGGAAUGGUUAACAUCAUUAUCAAAAUUUCAUGAAGCAUAUGAAGCACUUGAACAAACAUUAAGACUUGAUUCACAAUAUAAUGAAGCACGUUUAUCAUUAUCAGCAUUACAAAAACAAAUUGGAAUGAAUGAACAAAGUCAACAUACAUUAGCUGAAGUUGUUAGUCGACCAAUAAAACAAGAAUUAAAUGAAAAAACAGAUUUUCAUGAUGAAAAUGAUGAUGAUGAUGAACAACAAGAAGUAACUGUUGAAAAAAUUCAUUUAUUAGUUGAACGUUGUAUAACACUUUAUGAUCAAAAUCAAUUAACAUAUUUUAUUCCAUGUGCAAUGCAAUUAUUUUUUGGUUCAAUUAAAUAUUUAUUAACAAUUGAUUGUUCAAAACGUUUAAUUAAUUGUGGAACACGAGCACGUCGUCUUGAAUUAAUACAAAAGUUAGUUGAUGAAAAACGUAUUAUAUUAAAUCCAUCAUAUACAAGAAUAAAUACAGUAUUAAAAAAUCGUAUUAUUGACUUAUAUGGAAAAUUUUGUGAUGUACUUAUACAUGUUAAACGACAUGAUCUUCUAUUAAGAGUUACUGCAGCUGGAACAGUUAUUCCAUUUCUUUAUGCAAGAAUUGAUUGGUAUUGUUUACAUUCUUUCUUUUUUUUUUCGUAA